GGCACCAAAACCCUCGAAGAGACCCGAAGUUCCUCACCAAAUUACAUCUGUCCUCUACUAUGGCCAAGUGGUGGCGCGCCGCCUCCGGCGGCCUCAAGACGGCGGCUCUGAACUCUCCUCCGCCGCUCAUUCGGUCGCCGAACUCUUCGUACCACACCAUCCAGGCCAUUCCUCGAGAGUGCAGCGGAAGCAGGGUCGCGAGCAGGGACAGAGCUCAGGGACGAAUUCCCACCGUCGUCUUCACUCAAAGCCUCCUCGAGAAAAGCCCCAGCGCGAGGCCUCCUUCGAGGAAGUACCUGCUGACGACGGAGAGGAAGCAGAUCAAGUCCAUCCUCAACUCCGUGAGGCUUCCCUUCUUCUGCUCCACGACCUUCGGGCUUCAGAUUCGCGCCGGUUCCGGAUCGUCCACUCUGCUUGAGUCCGGAAAAGUUCUUCCGAUCAAGAUUCAUAGGGAUGAGGAGACGGGCAAGAUAUUGAAUUUGGUGCUCGUUUGGGCCGAUGAGGGAUCAAAGUUGAAGAUCGAUGUGCCUGUUUUUUUCAAAGGAGAGGAAGUUUGUCCUGGUCUGAAGAAAGGGGGCUAUCUGAACGCACUAAGAACCAGUCUAAAGUUUACUUGCCCAUCAGAGCACAUUCCUUCAAAGAUUGAGGUUGAUGUCAGCAAUCUAGACAUUGGAGAUAGAAUCUUCAUGCAUGAUGUCGAAUUUCAUCCAUCCAUGGAGCUUUUGAGCAAGAAUGAUGCCAUUCCAAUAUGUAAGGUCAUGUCGACAAAAUCGGAGAGUGUGGAGCCUGCAGAGGUGUAGGCACGAAGAAGCUCCAUACCCUAUUGUGCACGUUUGAGUAGUUGAGAGUGCUGCAGAUCGAGGUGCCCUUGGUUUUGCAAUUACCAUGGGCUAAUUGUCCUAUAAAGUUGAGGCAUUUUUGAAUAGCUCAGUCUCUAUCAAACAACUACGUCCGGUAUCUGCAAGACUCUGGUGUAGUUUCACCAGUUUGACAUUUCCAUGGCCAGAGAGACUUCAUAUGUUUGCCUUGUAGUCUUGGUAAGAAGUUAGAGCUUUAAUUUGUCAAUUGUUGUUGGAUGCUUACAAAGAAGAUAUUGAUCGCGUCAAAGCAUUCACAAGGGGAUG